AUGGCAGAAAGAAUACUACAAGAUAUAGCUGAACAAAAAAUACCUCUUACAAAAGCGCAAAUCAUUAAAAACAGGGCAGAGAAAGUACGUGCCUGGGCUCUAGCUAGAGAUUAUUACUCCCUCGGUGACUUCCAUCAAGCAAUAGAGUACUUCAAUCAAUACCUGAGCAUUGAUAAGGAAAACAGUUGCAGAGCAUGUGAAGGAAAAGCCUAUCGCAAUCUCGGCCAUGCUUAUGAAUCCCUCAGGGAAUUCCAACGAGCAAUAGAGUACUACAAGAAAAGCUUGUGCAUUGCCAAGGAAAUCGGUGACAGGGAACUAGAAAGAUGUGCCUAUUGUAAUCUCGGUGAUGCUUAUGAAUCCCUCAGAGAAUUCCAACGAGCAAUAAAGUACCACAAUCAACACCUCAGCAUUGCCAGGGAAGUUGGUGACAGGGCAUGUGAAAAAAAAGCCUAUUGUAGUCUCGGCAAUAUUUAUCAUUCCCUCAGGGAAUUCCAACGAGCAAUAGAGUACCAAAAGAAAAGCUUGUGCAUUGCCAAGGAAAUCUGUGACAGGAAAGGAGAAGGAGGUGCCUAUUGUAAUCUGGGCAAUAUUUAUGAUUCCCUCAGGGAAUUCCAACGAGCAAUAGAGUACCACAAGAAAAGCUUGUGCAUUGCCAAGAAAAUCGGUGACAGGAAAAGAGAAGGAUGUGCCUAUGGUAAUCUCGGCAAUGCAUAUAAUUCCCUCGGCGAAUUCCAACAGGCAAUGGAUUGCCACAAUCAACACCUCCGCAUUGCCAGGGAAGUUGGUGACAGGACAUGUGAAGGCAAAGCCUAUAACGGUCUCGGCAAUGCAUAUAGUUCCCUCAGUGAAUUCCAACGAGCAAUAGAGCACUACGAGGAAAGCCUGAGAAUUGCCAGGAAAGUCGGUAACAAGAAAGGAGAAGGAUGUGCCUAUGGUAAUCUCGGCAAUGCAUAUCAAUCCCUCUGCGAAUUCCAACAGGCAAUGGAUUGCUACAAUCAACACCUCCGCAUUGCCAGGGAAGUUGGUGACAGGACAGGUGAAGGCGAAGCCUAUAACGGUCUCGGCAAUGUUUAUCGUUCCCUCAGCGAAUUCCAACGAGCAAUAGAGCACUACGAGGAAAGCCUGAGAAUUGCCAGGAAAGUCGGUAACAAGGAAGGAGAAGGAUAUACCUAUGGUAAUCUCGGCACUGUUUAUCACUCCCUCAGCGAAUUCCAACAGGCAAUGGAUUGCUGCAAGAAAAGCUUGAGCAUUGCCAAGGAAAUCAAUGACAGGACAACAGAAGUACAUGCCUAUGGUAAUAUCGGCAAAGUUCAUAGUUCCCUCGGCGACUAUAAACGAGCAAUAGGGUACUACAAGCAAUCCCUGAGCGCUGCCAAGGAAUUCGGUGACAAGGAAGGAGAAGAAGUUGACUGUGGCCGUCUCAGCUAUGCUUAUUAUUCUCUCAACAACUUUGAAAAGGCAAUAAAGUACUCAAUGCAACACUUGAGCAUUGCCGAGGAAAUCGGUGACAGGGAAGGACAAGGAUGCGCCCAUAACCUCCUGGGUUCAUAUCAUUUAGAAUUAGAUUUUUUGAAUGAAGCUUUAGAUCAUUUUAGAUGCAGUGUAAAAAUCUAUGACACAGUUAGAGCCAGUUGUAUUUCCGAAGAUGGAUCGAAAAUAAGUUUUCGUACGCAUCAUGAAUUUGCCUAUACUAAUUUAUGGCAGGUUUUAGUAAUGCUUGAAAGGAAUGAUGAGGCUUUAUACGCUGCUGAGAGGGGACGAGCACAGGCUUUGCUCGAUGCCUUAAAAGUAACUUAUGGCCUUACAUCACUUUCUCCCAGGUCAAUUGAAUCUGAAGAAGAAGUCAGAAAUAUUUCAAGGAAGACAACUGUUUUAACAGUUUUUCUUGCCCUUCAUUUGAAAACAGUCAAUAUCUGGGUGCUGGGAAAAGAGGGCAACCCUAUUUUUAGGCAAAAGGAGAUAGAACACGAAGAUUCCUUUACUCUCCUUUUAGACACUGUUUUGAAAGGAUGGAACGUUAAAAGAGGAAAAGAGGGCAACCCUAUUUUUACGCAAGCGGAGAUGGAAAUUGGACGCGAAGACGAAGAUUCCUUUACUCUCCUUUUAGACACUGUUUUGAAAAACAUUGGGGCUGGCGUCGGUAUUAAGUGCGAAAAUCGGUCAAUGGAUAAGCUGAGUGAUGACUCAACUCCCUCAAGUACUCGAGACGACAAUCGAACAUCGGAGACAUCACAGGGGAGCACCCACCUUUUACAGCCAUUAUAUGAUGCAGUUCUUGGUCCCAUUGAAGACUUGCUUGAUGGUGAUGAACUAAUUGUAGUUCCUGACGGCCCUUUGUCUAAAGUUCCUUGGGCAGCCCUGAGUGAAACUUUCAGGAUCCGCACUGUUCCCUCACUGACAAGUUUGAAAGUCAUCACAGAUUCUCCAAGUGAUUACCACAGUAAAAGUGGAGCCCUGCUUGUUGGAGAUCCAUGUUUGAAGAAAAUUACAAAUAAACGGGGGAAACCCAUUUAUGAUCCUCUGCAGUACGCAAAAAUGGAAGUCGAGAUGAUUGGAGAAAUUCUAAAGAGUCAACCUUUAACAGGUGAAGAUGCAACCAAAGAAGCGGUGCUUCAGAGAAUCGCGUCAGUUGCUUUGGUUCACAUUGCAGCCCACGGAAAAAAGGAAACCGGAGAAAUUGUUUUGGCUCCAGACCCCCGAUGGGAAUCCAAGACUUUCACGGAGAAGGACUGUUUUUUGAAAAUGUCUGAUAUACAAGCUGUGAAGCUGAGAGCAAGGCUAGUUGUGCUUAGUUGCUGCCACAGUGGUCAAGGAAAGGUCUCGUCUGAGGGUGUGGUCGGUAUGGCACGUGCUUUCUUGUUUGCUGGUGCUCGUUCCGUGCUGGCGACACUCUGGGCAAUUGAUGACGAAGCCACAAUGAUGUUUAUGAAGUCUUUCUACCAACAACUUGGAAGUGGAGAAAGUGCGAGUGUUGCUCUUCAGAGGGCCACGAAAUGUCUUCGAGACUCCCAGGAUUAUUCUGCUCCAAAGUACUGGGCUCCUUUUUUUCUGAUGGGCGAUGACGUUAAGAUUGAAUUGGAAAAAGAGUCAUUGAGCGAGUCGUAA